GUAGUAAUUUUAUUCAUGAUAUUCUGGCCUCAGAAAACCAAUCCCCAACGCCCAGGCGCUCUCCCCUUUGGCUCCCUCCUUCGCGGGUAGCAAAGUAGCAGAUGAUUGGAUGAUGGCUAUCACAAUGAACUCCCCGUUGAAUUUCGGCACGGCGGUAAGAAUCCCAAGUGUCCAAGGAUAUUCAGCAGGGUGCAAUCAGCCUUCAGUAUGGAUGAAACCUCCUCAUGGGAAGGUAAACUUUGUUGAGAUUCCAUUUAGGCUAUGUCUUGGGCCAAAGAGGUACAAAAAAGAUGUUAGAUGGCGCAAAGUCCCUUCGGCAACAGAUAGUAAUAAGGCAGCUGCAGAACCAAACACCACAGACUCUGCAAAUACUGAAACAACUGUAACCAACAAUCAGCUCCCAUCAUCUAAUGUUCAGCUUGAUGUGAAUGGUAGUGGCAAAACCUCCCCUAAAAUGCAGGAGCCCACACCAAAAAGAUCACCUUUGACAGCAAGGGAGAAGCUAAGGGCGGCGCGUGUCCUCAGUAAAUAUGCAGAAUCGCAGCCUUCCAAACCAAAACCUGGUAGUACAGUAUUGGAUGCAUUAAGAGAGAGCGAUAAAGGUAAGAAAAGGUCUGGCCUCCCAGAAGCUCCCACAGAUCUAUUAGAUGAUAGCAAGCGUGGGCUUCCAAAGCAAGGAUUGACCUUUGAUCUGCCUGGGGGCACCGAUCUGUUCCUCAUUGUCUUCUCUUUCGUCUUCAUUAGCACAGUCAUGUUUGCGACAACUUACGUUGUGUGGAGAUCCGGUGCUAUACAUUUUAAUGAAUACUGAAGAGGAAGCAGCCUCUAUACUCAAAACAGUGGAAGCAACCUUGCAGUUCUCUUCAUAUCCUGAUAGCUGUUUGAAAGCAAAAUAAUAGGAGAGGUGAUGGCAAGUACAAUACUACUCAGUAACAGAUUGUUUGUAAUGCAUUGGUGCUUGUCUGUAGAAUCAUUUUAGGCCAUUGUGAGUUGCACAAGUACUGGCUUUACAAUUCUUUACAAUUCUAUUGCUUAAGAUGGCAGUGUGUCUGCGAAAAGAGAGUAAUUGUAAAUUUUACUCGACCUUUUGCA